GACGACAGUCAAGAAAUUCAAACCCUUCGUGUCAUGAACGACGAGAUGAUCGAAUUGGUCUACAAACACGUUCAAGACGAAGAAGCCGUUCAUGUCAACAUCAACAUUUUCGUGGCCUGCUUCACCACCUGCUGGGCCAGACUCAAACUCUAUCGAGAAGGACUCAGUAGAUUCCAACCCCAACAAGUCUUGUACUUCGACACAGACUCCAUCAUCUUCUCGCAUCGUGAAGAUCAACCCAUGCCACCCUUAGGCGAUCAUCUCGGCGAAUUCACCAGCGAAUUGAAACCGGGCACUCACAUCGUGGAGUUUGCUGCCGCUGGCCCCAAGAAUUACGGUUACAAAACCAACGACGGUAAAGUCGAAUGCAAGGUACGCGGUUUCACCCUCAACACACGUGGUCAAGAACAAUUGAACUUUGACCUGUUAAAAGAAAACGUCACCAACAAAGUCACCGAACCCCGCGAAGAACCACGGGAAAUCAGCGUACACAAUCCACACAAGAUUAAACGAAAUGUCCAAACAAAAACAUUAGAAACGAACGAAGAAAACAAACGAUACAAAGUCGUCUUCGACAAACGCGUCGUGGAACCCGACACCUUCCUAUCGUAUCCUUACGGAUACACACGAGACGACAUCGACGAUAUCGACAUGGAAAAUGUAAAUCAUUUACUAGACUUGUAAAUAAAAGAAAUUUAAAAAAAUCUGAUCACGUGGUUUGUCUGUGUGACGUCACUUCCAGUCCCCAGACCCUCACGUCCUAGCGUCCAGCCCCGCGCGGCCAACUUUGACCGAGUUCGCCCCAGUCUUUCCUAUUGCGAACUAAUGCAACCGCUGACCUGAGCCGAAAAUCCUGCACGCUGAUUGGUCCAGACGCGUCACAUGACCAAAAUAACGCGAUCUGAUUGGUUGGGUCUCAAACCUCCCCCUUAUACUACUGAAAUUAUACUACAAAAAAAAUUUUUGUAAGUCGAAUCACCGCGGGGGAAGGGGGGGGGGGAACAGGGGGGGUCGGAACCUCCCGCCUCCCAUACCCUGCUCUCCCACUUCCCGUACCUUCAUCUUCCGCCUUCCGCCCUCUUCCGUGCUGCUUCCAUCCCCUUUAAAUUAGCAGAGUCAAAAUACAUCCUGGUCAUUUAGCUUCGCAAUUCUUAAGCAUUUCCUUUGUUUUUAGAUAAUUUAACAAGAUUACCACUGCCAUAUGUUUCAAUUCAAUAAAGUUUUGACCUACUUGUUUAUCUUCUUUGAGUUUCAUCAUUUCAGUCCAUUUUCAUCGGCUCUUCAGAUUUGUUUCUGAAAUCCGUUUUAGUGACGACGGUCUCAAAAGUUAAUUCUAAAUUGUCUCGUGUUCUGAUAAAUUAUACGCAUUUCCAGUAACCAAUCCGGCGUUUAUUGGGAUCAGACAAUUAAGCCAUGGAAGUGGGAUUUGACAGAAUUGGUGCCAAACGUCCCAGGCGGAUUUCAGAUAUGCGUAUUUAUUGUUCGGGAAAUCUAAAAGAAGUCUUCCAUGUGCCAAGGUGGGCACACUGGUCUCCUUCUGCUCUAAAUGGUCGUUAGACCUGUUAAGUCUCCUUCCUCUUCCUAAUCGGGAGGGAUUUCGUGAUUUUCUCCAAUUUCGUCAGAUUCCAUUUCACGCUCUUCUCGGCAGUCUGAAAGGAUCUUGCAAAACGCUUCUUCAGCAAGUUGCAAGCGGCUAUCAAAUAGUCUUACCGCUCCCAUGUCUAUUUCACAAAAGAUGUCACUUUUCUUGCAAGAUGUAAGUGCUCCUUCGCCAUGAACUUUCGUCCAUGACAACAUAUUCAGUGCCAAAGAUAUCAGUUUGUUCCAUUUCGCUUGAAAUGAAUAAGGAGAAAACGUUGGAGUUUCCUCCAAUGGCAUAUAUUCCAGUGUGUGGUAGACGCACCUCAUGACCGCUUUCAUUUCAACUUCGGGUUCAGGUACACCAUCUAAGUCACUAACAUCACUGUUACCUGGUUAUCUCUCCAGCUUCCCGCCCUUUCCUCUCCCGCCUUCCGUACCC